CUCACUUUCGCAAUGCUACCGUAGCCCUACUACUACUACUCUGCUUUGAUGUUCCACUCUGCGCGGAAGACGACAGUGGAGACACCGAGACACGUUCAGGAGUGGAUUCAACCAGACCAACCCUCUCGUUAACGGGUAUGUCGGACGGCGUGUCGGCGAGCGUGUCGAAUGGCGCGUCCACAAGUAGGACCUAAUGUCAAUGUGUACGAAGGGAUGCACUUAGUGCGGCCUGGCGGAGGCGGAGCUGCGCGACAUGAUCAACAAGGUCGACGCAGACGGGAACAGCACGAUUGACUUCCCCGAGUCCCUCGCGAUGAUGGCGCACAAGAUGCGCGGCACGGACAGCGAGGAGCAGAUUAAGGAGGUGCUCAAGGUCUUCGACCAGGACGGCAACGGCUACAUCUUCACCGCGGAGCUCAGGCACGUCAUGACGAACCUCGACGAGAGCUGUUGGUCAACGAGGUCAACGAGAUGAUCCGCGAGGCGGAUGUCAAUG